AUGAACAAUUACGCCCUUCGCCCUCCAGAAAUGGCUAACUUCCAGUUCCAUCAUCACUUUGAGGUUCCCGAGGGCCAUAUGUCGCCCCAGCAACAACAGAGCAUGUUUCUGAGACCCUCCACGGCUCAGCAGCAGGGACUACCCGAGGACCCUGACCUCCUAGGGUCUGUUCCAGGAUACGAAUUCCCAUACUCUGAGUACAAUGACACCAGACCGCCGUUCGAACCGUACCAGCCCCACCAGCCCGCCAUGCCAGCUCCCCUGUUCAGCCAGGGCUUCCCCACCGACUUGGCGGAUAGGUUCCCAGAAAGACCCGUUCUCGAAAGACCCGCCGAAAGAGACUCCCGGUUGCAGCAGGACUACUUCCCGGAGGAAGGCCCCGACCUCCGUCUUCUAAUGACGGGGCUCUUCCCGAACCAGGACUCCCCCAUCGGCGGCCCGAUUCCUCCUCCUCCCAUGCCCCACAACGCUGACUUCCCUCCCAUGCCCAUGGCGCAACCGCCGUUUCCUCACCCUGUUGCUCCUCCACCUCCACCGCAGCACCUUGUGAUGGGCCACCCGCCAGCGGCGGAACCUCUCCAGAAACCGGCCCGGAAACGCAAUUCCCGCUCCCGUCCAAAAAGACCUCUGCAAGGCUCCAAGAGCUCCUCGAGAGACUCCCAGGCCACGCUCUUGUCCAUGGACCUGCUAGACCUGCUCAGCCUGGCCACCUCGGUCGACUCUCCUGGUGUCGGCGGCAUCAGCCCUACGCUGCCCCAGGCUCCUCAUUUCUACACUCCUCACCCUGACCACUGCCCGAUUGUGCGAGGCGUGGCCACCGGUGGCUGCACAGCACAUCCUCCGCCGGAAAAACUUCUGGACCGUCAUCACGUCCAGGUGAAGCUCGAGGUUGGCGGAACCCUGAUUGAGCAGGUCUGCCACUCGCCGUGGUCACAGGGAGAAGUGCUUGAUCGCCGGCGCAUUGUGCGUAUCGAACGAAGGCAGCAGGGCCACCGUAUCUUUGCAGACUUCUCCAUAAUCGGCUGCGCCAACGACCACCCAAAGACAGAACCACCGCCUCCGGACGCCGACGUGAUUGAGGUGUCGUGCUUGGCGUGGGACAAGGCCAGCGACGAAAACAACCCGGGCCCCAACUUCUACAUCACGUCGGUGGAAGUGGUGGCCAUUGUAGAAACACUCAUCCAGUCGAAGUUGAUGGAGCUGAAGCUUCGCCGCCGGGAACGCGGGCGUAUCCGGCUGAACUUGUUGACCUUCUGGCUGAAGCCGCUGUACCACCUGAAAACCAAGGUGUGUCCCGAGGGCCACAAGGCCGAGUUUGCACGGUUGAUCAUGGCCUACGGUGUGCGCAAGCCGCGUGGGUUUGACAAAGGCUUUAGGAUUUUGAGCUGGGACAGGCUAGUGCCGGCGUUGAACAGAGCGUUGCAGUGCUACUAUGCUGAAAUGACGACAGAGCAAAGAGACAAGUUUGUGGGUGACGAGGACGAGAAUGACGACGACGAAGAGGAUGUCUGA